ACUGGAAUUAUUCAGCAGAAAAAAGAAAUGAAAUAACGGAAUUAGAUAUUUCUAGUAAAGAAUUAGAAGGUGAUCUGAGUCUAGAAAAUUUUACUAAAUUACAGAAAUUAAAUUGUGCUAACAAUCAAAUUAAUAGGCUGGAUUUGAGUAAAAGUGAACAAUUAGUUGAAGUUGAUUGUUCCAUGAAUAAAUUGAUAGAGAUCAACCUAAAAAACAGUAAAAAUUUGCUCAAUCUUUAUUGUAAUGAUAAUCAAUUAACUAAUCUAGAUUUAAGUAGUUGUGAAAAUCUUGAAUCAUUGAAAGUUCAUAAUAGUUACAAUGAAGAAGAAAGAGAUUUUUUAAACAAAUUACCUAAUCCUGAAAAAUUAAAAGUUUUACGCUUAGAUGCUAAUAAUGUUAGUAGUAAUUUAGAACCCUUUUCUGGUUUUAUUAAUCUAGAAGAUUUAGGUUUAGGAAUGAAUGGUUAUUCCAAAGAGACUACAAAAAAGAGAGGUAAUAAAUUUUAUGGCUCUUUAGAGCCUUUAAAGAAUCUAAACAAAUUGAAAAAGUUGGAUAUUGCUAAUACGGACAUUGAUUCUGGGUUUGAACAUUUGCCAGCAAGUGUGGAAGAAAUUUGCUGCUCUAGUAAAGAAAGGUCUGAAAGUAAAGUCAAAAAGAUAGCAGAUGACCCUAAGUUAAAUCAUCUUUUUGACUUAAACGGCAAUAAAUAUACUAGAAAUUGGAAAGAUAUCCAUGCUGAUUUUACUCCUCAACUACAAAAAUUAUGA